UCAAGCCAUUACCGUCCUUUUCUUCUUCUUGCUUUCUUUGCCGUUGUGUGCUUCUGAUGACCGGCUCGCCAUCGGCAAGACGCUCUCUCCCGGCGCAACCCUCAUCUCCGACGGCGGCGCCUUCGCCAUGGGCUUCUUCUCGCCGACCAACUCUUCUUCGUCGGGACUGUACCUUGGAAUAUGGUACAACAACGUCCCCAAGCUCACCGUGGUCUGGGUCGCCGAUCAGGUGGCCCCCAUCGUCGACCACCCUUCCUCUUGCAAGCUCGCCAUGGCCAACGACAGCAAUCUGGUCUUGUCUGAUGCCACCGGUCGCGUUCUUUGGAGGACGAACGUCACCGCCGGCGUGAACUCGUCGAGCGGCGCCGGUGCUGUGGCCGUGCUUGUGAACUCCGGCAACCUCGUGCUACGGUUGCCGGACGACACCGCCUUGUGGCAGACCUUCGACCACCCCAGCAACGUGUUCAUGGCGGGCAUGAAGCUCGGCGUCGACUACCGGACGCACUCCGGCAUGCGGAUCGUCUCCUGGAAGAGCGCCGGCGACCCGUCGCCGGGGACCUUCUCCUUCGGCGUCGACCCGGAGAGGCCGCUCCAGGCGAAGAUCUGGAACGGGUCGCGCGUGCACUGGCGGAGCUCGAUGUGGACGGGCUACAUGGUGGACAGCAACUACCAGAAGGGCGGCACGUCGGCGAUCUACACGGCCGUCGUCUACACCGACGACGAGAUCUACGCCUCCUUCACCCUCUCCGUCGGAGCGCCGCCGAUGCAUUACCUCAUGUCCUACUCCGGCGACCUCCACCUGCAGAGCUGGAGCAACGAGUCGUCGGCGUGGGUCACGAACGCCAAGUUCCCUCGCCGCGACUGCAGCCUCUUCGGCCACUGCGGCGCGUUCGGCUAUUGCGGCAACGACACCGGCGGCGUCUCGACGUGCCACUGCCUCGAAGGGUUCGAGCCGGCGAGCGGCGCCGACUGGAGCCGCGGCGACUUCUCGCUGGGGUGCCGCCGGAAGGAGGCGGUGAGCUGCGGCGAUGGGUUCAUGGGGUUCCCGGACAUGAAGCUGCCCGACGGGUACACGCUCGUCGGGAACAUGAACUCCGACGAGUGCGCGGCGGGGUGCCUCCGCAACUGCUCCUGCGUGGCGUACGCCUACGCCAACCUGAGCAGCAGCACGAAGAAAGAUCCGACGAGGUGUUUGAUGUGGGGCGGCGAGCUGCUCGACAUGGAGAAGGUGGCCGAGAGCUGGGGUGACUUAGGCGAGACGCUCUACCUCCGGAUGGCAGGUGCAGGUAGGGGUUCAAAGACAAGUGCAGUGAAAUUUGCGCUUCCAGUAGUGUUGGCAAGCCUUCUUAUACCCACAUGCAUCCUCAUAUGUGUUCCCAAGUUCAAAGAAAUGCUCGUAAAGUACGAUGGGAAGAACAACAAGAAGCGAGCCUUGAGAGUAUUGAGUGUCCCUGAUGAACUUGGGAAAGAACUCCCUGCCCAAGAUCUCGAUUUCCCGUUUGUAGAAUAUGACGAGAUUGUCGCCGCAACAGAUAAUUUCUCUGAAGCAUCUAUGAUCGGAAAAGGAGGUUUCGGCAAAGUAUAUAAGGGAGUCAUAGGUGGCCGGGAGGUUGCUAUCAAAAGACUUAGCAGGUGUUCUGAACAAGGCAUAGUGGAAUUCAGAAAUGAGGUGCUCCUAAUUGCCAAACUACAGCAUAGAAACCUUGUUCGACUUGUCGGUUGCAGCAUCGAAGAGGAUGAGAAGUUGCUGAUUUAUGAGUAUAUGGCCAACAAGAGCUUAGAUGCUUCUCUUUUCAAUAGUAAAAGAAAAUCAGCGCUAGACUGGUCGACACGGUUCAAGAUUAUAAAAGGGGUUGCCCGGGGCCUGCUUUACCUCCAUCAAGAUUCAAGAUUAACAGUAAUCCAUAGAGAUCUCAAGGCAAGCAACAUUUUGCUGGAUACUGAAAUGAACCCAAAGAUAUCAGAUUUUGGUAUGGCUAGGAUCUUUGGGGACAACCAGCAAAAUGAAAUAACUAGGAGGGUCGUUGGAACAUAUGGCUACAUGGCUCCUGAAUAUGCCAUGGGAGGUAUCUUUUCUAUGAAGUCUGACGUCUAUAGCUUCGGAGUGUUGCUUUUGGAGAUCGUAAGUGGUUCCAGGAUAAUCUCUACUGAUCUAAUUGAGGACUUCCCAAAUCUUUCAAUCUAUGCAUGGAACCUAUGGAACGAAGGGAAGGCAAAAAAUAUGAUUGACUCAUCUAUUGUAGCAAAUUGCUUACCAGAUGAGGUCAUGCUUUGCAUCCAUGUUGGACUCUUGUGUGUUCAGGAAAAUCUAAAUGAUAGGCCACUCAUGUCAUCUGUUGUGCUUAUUUUGGAGAAUGGAAGCAAUUCACUUCCAGUCCCAAAUAGGCCUGCCUACUUUGCACAACGGGAUAUUGAAAUAGAGCAACCAAGAGAGGACACUCAAAACUCUAACAACACAAUUACUCUUACAGUUGUGGAGGGACGAUAGAGUACUAAGAUGUGGUCAACUGGGAUCAAUUAGCUCAAUGGUAUUCAAGAAGUUGGUAGUGCUAGGCACUUCGUUUAUGUCAUGUGAGAAUUGCAGGAGUGUUCAGUGUAGAGGUCUGAACUCUGAACAAGAAGGGCACUCCUCAGCAUUAAUUUUUUAGAUAUGAGAUGAGCAGAAGUGAGAU